CUUCUCCGCCUCCGUCCGCGCGCGUCUCCCUCCGCUGACCCCGCGGACCUCGCUCCUCCCGCCGCCGCUCCCGAGGCCGCGUCUCUCCUCCACCCCCUCGCCAGCUCGCACCCGCCGGGUCCCCUUGGACCCCCCCCCCGCAGGGUCCUGUCGGCUCCCCUAAGAGAAGGGAAGAGGAGGAGGAGAGGGGGGGUUCCUCUACCCGAGGUUCCCCUAGCGGUCCCCUCUCUCUCUCUCUCGCCACCCCUCCCUCGCGCGCUCUCGUAGCCCGGCUCUGUGUGAGCGAGACGCUCGGCCGUUGUGUGGCCGCCGUACACGAGGAGAGAGGAGCGGCAGCGGCAGCAGGAGGUGGUGGUGGACGUGGAGGGAGAGAGGACGAGGCGGAGGUGAAGAAGAUCAAAGAGGCCGGUGUUUGACGAGGAUAUCGCGAGACGACGAGGAGGAGGAGGAGGAAGGAGGUUGGUGGUGACGGUGACGGAGGAGGAGAAAGGGGAGAGAGGAGGAGGAGCGCAAGGCAAGAGGCGGAGGAGUAGAGAAGACGAGGUGCUGGGGAGAGGAAGGCGACGAGGACGGAGAGGAGGAGGAGGAGGAGCGUCAUUCCGGCCGGAGUUUUGACGAGAAAAUGGAGGCGGCCGAGGGAGGAGGAGGAGAACGAGCGGCAGCAGCAGCAGCAGGAGGAGCAGGAGGAGGAGCCGCCGCCGCCGCCACUGCCGGGCGGGCCGCACGCUCCCCGCGCCGCUGAAUGGAGCCCGCGUCCACAAAGCGGCCUUAGCAAGGGCACGGGGUCCCCGCCACGCACUCCCUCCCGUCGUCGUCGUCAGCAGUAUCAGCAGCAGCAGAUUGAGCAGGAUCGGCGGCUUCAGCGUCGUCUUCACCAGAAUCAUCAGCAGCGGGGGCACAGAGCCGCUGUGCUGCUGGUGACAGUGUAAGGCGUUUGUUUAUAUCUUGGCGUUAUUCUUGUUGUUGUUAUUUGUCGGUUUUGUUUUGAGGAUUGCGAAUCUUGCCUCUGGAUCCGAGCUGGAUUUGUUUUAAUGUUCACUGCAAGUACUCUCAUCAUCAUUAACAUCAUCAUCGACAUCAUCACUCUCGCUAACAAAGAGGUAGAUAGAUAGGGGGGAAGGCCGUGGCAUGGUGAGGACGACGACGAUGAUGGUGGUGAUGGUGCUCAUGAUGAAGAUGAUGGCGUGGAGGAGCCGCGGUCGGUCCCACAGCUGAGCAUCGGCGUCAGCAGUUGGAACCUUCGCACCCUCCGUUUGGGGGGCACUUUGUAUCAGUCUGCCCCCCCCGCCCCCCACAAAGCUCCCACGAGGACCUUUACCUUCAACCUACGCGCGUCGUCGCCACCACCACGAACCACCACCAACCCCCCGUUCAACUCCUUCCAUUUUGCAACAACCGCGGCCAGUCGUCACAUCUGGCCAAGGCCACGCGGAUUGUGACCCGAGGGCCCCGCGACCACCAACCGACCAUGGACGGCCACAGGGCCAACGGGCCCCGUCGCAGCCGUCGGACUCGCUCCCAGAGGGACAAGCAGAGGGAGGCGGCCGGACGCGCCGGUCGGCCGGGGCUGAUCACCACCACCGGCGGCGGCCUGCAGGCCCUGGGCCGGCCCGGCGGCGUGGUGGCCGGCCUCGUGGCCGGAGGCUUGGGCCGUCACCGCGCUCCCAGCUCGGGCUCGGAGAGGGAGAACGCGGAGAACCGGCCGGGCUCGUCGAGGCCGCGGCCGCCGCGGCGCCGCCGCAGGGACUCGGUGAGCUCCCAGGACGAGGAUAUAAUCGACGGGUUCGCCAUCGCCAGCUUCACCACCCUGCAGGCACUCGAGAACGACAUGCAGCUGAAGCCGCUGGAGCGAGCCGAGCGACUCAAGGAGCGACUGGUCCGGAGGCAGCACAAGGGCGAGGGCGGCAACUGUCGCCAUGGCAACAGCGGUGGCUCGGACCGCGAGCGGGGACGCGGCCGCCACAAGCAGCCGCUCAAGAGGAAGAGAGAGGCGAACGCGCCGACGCGGUGCGUGCGCCCCAGGGCGGAAGACGGCGGCGGCGGCGGCGGAGGCGGCGACGGUGGCGGCGAGGUGAACGGCACAGGGCGGAGCAGCUCCCAGGAACGAUCUCGCGACAGCUCGCAGCAUUCCACGUCCGACAGAGGCUACAUCUGUGACAGCGACAGUGACGUGGAGGAUAAGGCAGAUUACGCGGAUUUGCUGCCGGGAUGUGCUCAGCGAGGGGUCGCUCCCCGGGCCGCGCUGGGGCUGCGCGGGGCCACGGCAAUUCAGAGGGGGAGGGGUGGCGUGGGGGUCCGGAUAGGAGGCGGGGGCGAGGGGGGGACACCCCCAGCGGAGGCGGCCCGUGCCCACACCACCUGCACGGCGUUUAAAUAAACCAGCAGCGAACCCCUUACCACAUGCUCUUUCAUCGUUAUGCAGGAGGAGCGGAUUUCAAAUUUCCCCCCGCCAGGCGCCCACGCGCGCCGUCUCUCACUCGCUCUCUCUUCCCAGCCAUUUCCCAUGCUACAUUUAUGGAUUAAUAAGCGCGGAGGUAAACGCGCCGCGGCUAUCGCCGUGGCGUGGCCCCAUCGAAAAGGCCCGUUUGAUUCGUACGCACCGGCGGCAAUUGCCCCCGCUGGCCGGCUUGGCAGAGCCGUCAGCGGCGGCAGCAGGAGCAGAUGGAGAGCUGGGGGCGCGGGGAGUGGGUGGUGGGCACCUGUGUGUAAGAGGGGGAACUACGCGUGUUCCUGUUGAGUGCUUACGCGCGUGCGUGGUGCUGGCCAACCCUGCCCCCUCUCUCGUGUACUGUGCCGGCCUUCAUAGGUGCUGCUCGCUAACAGCACUUGCCCCGAAAGUCCGUUAAAGCUAUGGGGAUGUGG